AUGGCCCAACCAGCUAAAGAUGAAUAUCACAUUGGGUUGAUAUGUGCCUUGAGGGUGGAGAUGGCAGCCACAGCAAUGCUGGACAGAGACUAUAGCAUCAUCAAAGGAGAAAGUCGAGAUCAGAACACUUACCAUGCUGGAACCAUACACGACCACAAUGUGGUUAUUGCCGGUCUCCCUGCUGGCACUGACGGACUUGGCGCAGCAGCGAACACUGCAAAAGACAUGAUCAAAACAUUCCACUAUUUCGAUUUCAUACUCUUGGUUGGUAUUGGCGGAGGAAUACCACACUUGGAGAAGGAUAUCGACAUCAGGCUCGGCGACGUUGUGGUCAGCCAGCCAAGCGGCACCAGCGGCAGCGUUGUGCAGUACGACAAGGGCAAGGCCAAACAUGGCCGUGCCUUUCGAACUCAAGGGCGCUCUCGAUGCGCCCCCAAAUGUCCUUUUGACUGCAAUCACUUUGCUACAAGCGCAACACCAUGCAAAUCGAAGUCGACCAAUGCUGGCAUACCUCGCCGACAUGAUCCAUCGGUAUCCGAUGUAUGGCCCCCCCGGCGAGCAGAAAGAUCGCCUCUUCGAAAGCAGAUGUCCUCACCCUGA